UUCGUUUACUUGCGCUGGUAACCCAGUUGGUAAUUUUUUGACACGCCUAGGCGAUAGUCUUCAGUAAUUUUAUUGAAAAUCGUGUGAUUUUGUGUGUUAUUUGAUUCAAACUAAGUGAAAUAUUGUGUAUAAUAACUUGCUUUAUCGUUUUGUUACUGUGUUGUGUGAUUAAAACAAGGAAUUCGUUGCUUACAAUCAGCAACAAUGGCGACCAUGACAGACCAGUACGGUACGACCGGUACCCUCACCCUGAAGUGGGACCCUCGUAACUUGGAGAUACGUACUAUGUCUGUGGAACGGACCCUGGAGCCUCUAGUGCUUCAAGUCACUACGUUGGUGAACAGCAAGGAUCGGGAUGCUAAGAAGAAACGACCCGGCAAAUCCAAGCGAGCAAGUGCUCUAGUAGCCACCGUGGAGCGAGCGACGGAAAUCUUCAUAGAACGAGGACAGACCAUCGCCUACGAGAACCCUGAGAUCACGCAGCAGAUGCUGACAGCCGUCGAGGAGGUCCGCAAGGCUGGAGCGGCCAUGUCUCUAGCUGCCCGAGAGUUCUCCGAAGAGCCUUGUGCUUCAUCCGUGCGAGGAGGCAUGGUGAGAGCAGCCCGAGCUCUGCUCUGCGCCGUCACCCGUCUGCUCAUACUGGCAGACUGCGUUGACGUCCAUCUGCUGCUUAACAAGCUCAACACUGUUGAAAACGACUUAGACAAGCUAAAGUCAGCGUCGUCUCAAUCAGAGCUGUUAGAGUCAGCGCGUCAGUUCGGACGCUCGGCCGCCGAGUUGACCGCUCAGGCUGCUAAACGACAGAGGGAGCUUAAAGAGCCAAGAAUGAAGGAUGAGCUUGCAGCUGCUAGAGCAGUUCUGAAGAAACAUUCCACAAUGCUGCUUACUGCCUCUAAGGUAUACGUCCGUCACCCAGAGCUGGCAGCAGCCAAAGCGAACCGCGACUAUGUACUGCGGGCUGUGUGCAGCGCCGUCGACUCCAUCUCCGCUGUAGCGCAGGGACAGCCCGCCCCGCAAGGAGGAAAUCGUCCUGUCGAGGGUCCAGGGGAACUGGCUCAAGCGCUCGAUGAUUUCGAUGAGCGUAUGGUGAUGGAGCCGCUAGCAUACUCGGAGCUCCGCACUCGACCCUCGCUCGAAGAACGUCUGGAGUCCAUCAUCUCCGGCGCUGCUCUCAUGGCUGAUAGCUCUUGUACCAGAGACGAGCGUCGUGAGCGUAUAGUAGCUGAGUGUAAUGCGGUGCGACAGGCCUUGCAAGAUCUUUUGCACGAGUAUAUGGCUAAUACCGGGAAGCCUGAACAAUCUGCUGGCUUGGAACGAGCCAUUGAGAAUAUGUGUCGCAAGACCAGAGACUUGAGGAGACAGCUGAGGAAGGCCGUUGUGGAUCAUGUUUCUGACAGUUUCCUGGAAACCAACGUUCCUCUCCUGGUUCUGAUGGAGGCAGCUCGCAACGGCAACGAGAAGGAAGUCGAGGAGUACGCUGUCGUCUUCACCGAACACGCCAACAAACUCGUCGAGGUUGCAAAUCUGGUGUGCUCGAUGUCCAACAACGAAGACGGCGUGAAGAUGGUCCGCCAUGCUGCCGAACACAUCGAAGCGCUGUGCCCACAAGUUAUAAACGCGGCGCUAGUAUUAGCAGCCCGCGCUCGGUCCCGCGUGGCGCAAGAGAACGCGGCCGCCUUCGCCCGCGCCUGGGAGAACGCCGUCAAACUGCUUACAGAUGCCGUCGACGAUAUCACUACUAUUGACGACUUCCUGGCUGUCAGCGAGAACCACAUCCUUGAGGACGUGAACAAGUGCGUGGUGGCGCUACAGGAGGGCGACCCCGACUCCCUCGAGCGGACCGCCGGAGCCAUACGCGGGAGAGCUAACAGGGUGUGCUCGGUGGUGACUCAGGAGAUGGACAACUAUGAGCCCUGUAUCUACACCAAGAGGGUAUUAGAAGCUGUCACCGUGCUGAGGGAUCAAGUAAUGUCUAAAUUCGGCGUGCGCGUCGAUGCAGCGGUUUCCGCGCUCGGCGGCGGCGCGGGCGCAGCACUAGACGAGAACGACUUCAUUGACGCGAGUAGACUGGUCUAUGAUGCUGUGAGGGAGAUCAGACGCGCUGUUCUGAUGAAUAGAGAUGAGGAGGAACUAGACCCUGAGGAUGUGGAGCUCGAUGAACACUACACGUUGGAGACCAGGAGCAAAUCGAGCGCGCACACUGGUGAGCAUGGUGUCGACGAGUAUCCUGACAUCAGCGGUAUUACUAAUGCUAGAGAAGCCAUGCGCAAAAUGACGGAAGAAGACAAACGCAAGAUCCUCCAACAAGUGGAGCUCUUCCGUCGCGAGAAGAUGACCUUCGACAACGAGGUGGCCAAGUGGGACGACGCCGGCAACGACAUCAUCAUGCUGGCCAAGCACAUGUGCAUGAUCAUGCUGGAGAUGACUGACUUUACUAGGGGUCGUGGCCCGCUCAAAACGACGAUGGAUGUGAUCAACGCCGCCAAGAAAAUCUCCGAAGCCGGCACCAAGCUUGACAAACUCACCAGGGAGAUUGCUGAACAGUGCCCCGAAUCAUCAACAAAGCAAGAUCUUCUAGCGUACUUGCAGCGCAUAGCGUUAUACUGCCACCAGAUACAGAUCACGAGCAAGGUGAAGGCCGACGUGCAGAACAUAUCCGGCGAGCUCAUCGUCAGCGGGCUGGACAGUGCCACCUCUCUCAUCCAAGCUGCUAAGAACCUCAUGAAUGCUGUUGUUCUAACCGUGAAGGCCUCAUACGUCGCUUCCACUAAGUACACCAGACAGGGAACUAUUGCUUCGCCGAUCGUAGUAUGGCGCAUGAAAGCCCCCGAGAAGAAACCUCUCAUCCGACCGGAGAAGCCGGAAGAAGUACGGGCCAAGGUCCGCCGCGGCUCGCAGAAGAAGCAACCUUCGCCCGUGCAUGCGCUCGCUGAGUUCCAGAGCCCUGCCGACAGUGUGUAGUGAGGCUGUUUAAAAUCCACAUUUAUUUAUUGAUAACAUAACGUAUAAAAACCUACACACAUUGUAUGAAAUCAUAAUUAUUAAGUUUAUAGCGAAGAGGUGUGGUAUAUAACUAUCAUUCAAUCACUAUAAAAAAAACGCUAAAUUAACCCUUUUGUAGACGUUUUAUCUCAGGAAAGCGUAUAAGGCAAACUAGUGUGUGUGUGAACAUACGUACAUGUCGCAGUCAUGCGGUAGAAUUUGCCAUUUUAUUGAAUGACUAGCACAUUCAUUGAAUCGAUGACUGUUAAUGGAAUGACUACAGGACAACUCGUCAAGUCGUUGAUUGUUAAAUUCAAUGUCUUCACUAAAAGUAAUUUAAUUGGCAGAAGAACGACUCUUGUUCAAUCAACAUUCGGCUUACUACAACGCGCUAGUCAUUCAAUCAAAUAGUAAAUUUAACCAAAUGACUGCGACAUACACAAUAGUCUAGCUCUCACACUUUCCUGGUAUAAAACAUAUGUAUAAUCAUCGGCAGGGAUAUUGAGCCCUGACCUUCACCUGCGCAGAAGUGAUUUAUUGGUUUAUUGCCUUACGUGUACAGUGCGCAAAGCGAUCCCCACUCUUCCGCCGAGAGCUCAUUAUCCGUGCCGAUAACUAUACCUAAACUUUUAUUGGCAGCUACUCUUCGCUAUAAAAAAUGUAUUAUUUAAGAUCAUCAAUUUAUUCCACACAUAUUAAAACUAGUAUUAAGUGACAAUAUUAUUAUUAUUACGUAGUAUUUCUUAACGAUAAUCGCAUUUUUACCUGCAUUUUAAUAUUUAUGGUUAAAAUGGCUAAUUUUGGGCAAAAUUGCCCAGUGUUGGGCUGACAUUUUUAAGUAAAAUUAUAGUCGUUUUUGGAGUUAAAAAUUCUCAAAGCUGGUCAUAUUUUUUAGCUAAAAAUAUUACCCCAGCUUUUAGGUAUUCUUAUUUGAAACAACAUAUAAAUUGAUAUUUAAUUUAUUUUCGUACUUAUUCCUUACAAUUUUUUUUUUCAAUUCUGCCCAAUCAUCAUCAUCAUCAUCAUCAUCUCAGCCAUAGGACGUCCACUGCUGAACAUAGGCGUCCCCCUUAGAUCUCUACAGAUACCUGUUGGAGGCGACAUGCAUCCAGCGUCGACGGCGACCUUUAUAAGAUCUGUUCAUCUUGUUGGUGGACGUCCUACGCUGCGCUUGCUAGUCCGUGGUCUGCCCAAUGUUAGCCAUUUAAUCAAAGCUUCAGGCGGAUAGUAUAAAACAGUGUAAAAGGACAAUGCUCAAAAAAAACCCAAGCCCGGCGCAAACGAAAAGUAACUCAAAUUAUAGGUAAUAAUAAGUAAUGAAAUACUGCAUAGGAGGCAUCAUCGAAAUCAAUGGCUAAAUGUAUGAAAUUGCUAUUUGAUUUUUUAAAGGGGUAACAUGAGCAGCUGGGGCUUAUAGUUUAGUUAAUGUGCUAUCUGAAACAACAAACAAGUAAUAUGGCAAGUAAUAAGCUUCUCCAAAAAGAUAAAUCAAUACCGAAGUACAGGCUGCAGCGCCCACGUCAUCGCGUCCUGAGCGUUUUACAUUACAUAGGGUGGGCUAGACAUGAGGAACAGUUCGCGCAUCCCGCAACAUUUUUGGAUCUCGUCGUGUUAGAAAUAAAGAAUCGAUGACUUUUAAGCGUUAUUAUUAAAAUGAAAAGUACAUUCAUAUCCAUAUUCAUAUUAGUUCUAUCAUCCUAUUAUCUUGUAAAAGUAGGUAGAAUAGUGGAGAAGUUGCUAUAAACAUGUCAUUAUGUACACUCUUAAACCACAACUGUAUCUGUUUGCUGUUCCUUUUACUAAUACAUUAUGUUACCUCUAAAAUCUUGAGUAGCAAUGUACCGCAGAUGUUAAAAUUCGAAUAGCAAUUUCACACAUAUAGCCACUGAUUUCGAUAAUGCCCCCUAUGUAAUAUUUAAUUACUUAUUUUUACCUAUAUUUUAAGUUACAUUUCUUUUGCGCCGGGCCUGGGUUUUUUUCUCAUACUUCAUGAGCAUUGUCCUUUCUAAUAAAAAUAUAGAUAAAUAAAUAGCUAAAUUCUUACCUUUAUAAUAUAUCUUUAGAUAAAAAUCUGCCUAGAAAUUGCCCUCUAGAGUAAAAUUUAAAAAAAUAUAUGCGAGCGAUUGGAUUUGUAUCGAAUUUUGAAAUAAAUUGCUUAAAAAACAAAAUAUGUUACUAUUAACUGGUAUUUAAAGAACAACUUCCAGCAGACGGCAAAAAAAUCGCACACCCUUUUUUUAACGACGUCAAAAAUCAUCAAAUGAUCCCUCCCGCUGUGGGUCAGCAGCGGUGAGGGAGUGUCAGACUCUUGCUGACUAAAAACCGUCGUGUUCCGUCGUAGGCCUUUUAUGUACACCUUUCAAUCAGCCAUUGGUGUCCAAAAUAUACUUAGAAAGUACAUACACACUUAGAAAAGUUGCAUUGAUACUUGCCUGAACUGGAAUCGAACAGACUCAUACUUGAGAGGUUGGUUCUUUACCCAUUAGGUACUUAUACUUAUAAGCAAUUUAUUUCAAAAUUGUAAAUAUCUAAAGGACUGAUGAAAAAGUCGAAUGAUUGAUGACAGCCAAAUUUUGUUUAGUUUAUAACUUAUAGAAAUAGGUAUCUAAGCUAUAUGUAUAUUCUACGGUACAUCAGCCUGCCCCAAUCUGUCAAAUGUUUUCAAUAGAUUCUCAACCUUAUCUGUUUCGGAUGGCUCGUUAAACUGUAGGUCCCGGCUGUCAUUGAACAUCCUUGGCAGUCGUUACAGGUAGUCAGAAGCCAGUAAGUCUGACAACCAGUCCUACUUACAGGUAUUGGGUUGCCCGGGUAACUGGGUUGAGGAGGUCAGAUAGGGCAGUCGCUCCUUGUGGCACACUGGUACUCAGUUGCAUCCGGUUAGACUGGAAGCCGACCCCAACAUAGUCGGGAAAAGGCUCGGGAGAUGAUGUCUUCAAUAGAUUUUCAACCUUAUCACAAUAGGGGAAGGUUAAUGUUCGAUUGGUAUUUGACAGAUUUGGGUAAGUUAAUCUGCUGGCAGCUGUACUUUAUAAUGACGAUUUAUAUUCUUUAAAUAUAAAGGAAAUUUCUUUUAUACUCUGAUUAUUAGCCAAUUUUCAAAAACUCACAAUAAUUCGGCAUAUAUUACUUAAGUAUAUGCACUUGUACUUUUCCGAGGUUAUGGCUCUUUAAAAACAGACAGUCGAAUUAAGAGCCGCCUUUUUUGGAAGUCGGUUGAAAAAUCGGUUCGCUUGUGUUAAUAAUCGGAAUAUAUUACAAAGAAACAAAAAUAGUAUUAUUUAACCGUCUUUCAAAUAAAUAUUGACGCUUUUUCUAACACUGUAAUUAUUGAAAGAUAUGGGUUAUUAAAAUUGAAAUAAAAACCAUUUCUAAAUUGUAUUACAACUAGGAUCUCUAAGUUCCAAAUUACCUUUUUUUUAACGACGUCAAAAAUCAUCAAAUGACCCCUCCCGCUGUGGGUUAGCAGCGGUGAGGGAGUGUCAGACUCUUACUGACUAAAAACCGUCGUGUUCCGUCGUAGGCCUUUUAUGUACCAGGGCCGCGGUAACUCGCGCGAACAUAGUUCCACAUUACCUGAAUUUUAUUAUUGAAUCGCUCUAUCUAGACACACGGCAGUGUGUCCGCCAAGUUCGAGCAGUUUUAAUAGAAAAUUAAAUACUUGAUUCAUUGCGUUUAGUAGGUUUAUAACAAGGUGUAUGAAAACUUGCCAAGUAACAUCAUUAGAAAGUAACUAUUUUUAACUGAGGUAUGUGUAUGGAACUUGGUACUUAUUCAGAUCUCACUUCUUUUAUAGGCGAAGCGUUCCCAUAUUAUCGAACUUGGCAGUCUUUCACAUUUUUGUUUUCGGUGGGAUUAAAACCUCUUGAAUCGCUUUUUGGUAAAGGAUAGACUUGUUUCUGAUUUUAGCCACUGAAAUCACCAGUUGUAAGAUUUAGCGUCAAUAUUAAUUUAUUUUGAGUUUAUUUUAAUCAUAGUAUGAAACGAAAAUAGAUAUAAGAAAAUAUUACAACUAUGUAAGACUUUUGAUUGAAAAAAAAAUCCUAAAACACUUUAUAUAAAAUAUGUUCUUAGUUAUAAUUUGUACUUUUAGAAGUGUAUUUGUCAAUUUUCUACCAAUUUUUGAUAGUUAGUUUAUCCUAUUAUGGUUUGAUACUGAUAAUUUUGAAUUUAAUGAGAAUAACAAAAAAAUCGCUUUAAAAAUAUGAAAUACAAACUAGGCAACAGCCGCGCGGGUCGAUCGAUCAUAAGGUUAAGCAACGCUUGGCGCGGUCACCAUCUUGUCAUCGGAAGGCACGUUAAACUGUAGGUCCGGGCUGUCAUUUGAACAUCUUUGACAGUCGUUACGGGUAAUCAGAAGCCAGUAAGUCUGACAACCAGUCUUACCAAGGGGUAAGCACUGCUACUCAGCUGCAUCUGGUUAGACUGGAAGCCUCAUUUUAAAAAUUUUGAAUGAAGUAUCAGAAUUCAUAAUUAUCAGUAUUUUACAAUUUAUAUUUAUUCAAUUAGGGCGGCUGAAAAGUUGGUAUUAACAAAAUAUGAUUUGAAUACAAUAUACCUUGUUGGUUUGAAAGUAUUUUAUAUUGAAAACUUUUUUUUUUUCAAAAUUAUUAUAAUUUUAAAAAAGUAUUCUAAAUGACAAUAAAAAUGUUAAAAAACUUGUGUUUAAUGCAUAUUGUCUUAAAUUAUUAUAUUCCUUUUAACAAAAUUGGUAAAAUUUAUUUUUCUUACAAACGAAAUUGUGAUUUUUUAUAGUUUAAGUUGUAUUUGUAAUUUUUGUACGCGACUCAUUUGAAUUUUCUACCAAGUUAGUAGAUUUUGUAGAGAUUAUACCUAGUACAAUAAAUUAUAUAAAUAUUA